AUUUGUGCGACAGUCAAAGCAUGCGCGCACGCUAUCAUUUAGUAAACGCGCAUGUGUUUUUUAAAAUAAUUUUUGAUGCGCACUUUGGGUGGCCAAGGUAAUCUUAUAGAGGGCGCACGUUGUUAUGACGGACCGUUUUGAACCUUUCUGAAGCACUAUAUCCACCUCGUAACAGCGACCGCACCUCGGUUCGACAGCGCGCCGAUAAUUGCGCGUUCAACUCCGGCUCUUACCGUCUCGGCGCUGGUCACUAGAGGCGACUAUCGAGUAACAUGUUCGCUACACGUGGUGGCAGCUACAGCACGAGCAGCGGAACGUCCGCACAGUGUGUGGCCGACGAUGCCCCGCCGCAGCGGCGCCGUAUGACGCGCCGCGAUGACAGCCGCGCUCCGGCCGCCCCUGAAGCGGCGUGGGAUGAGCGGCGACGACGAGACAUCGCCAAAGGCGAUGGCAACGAGAAGCUGGUCCACGACGGUGGCAGAGCGUCCGGCGAAGUGGUGAAGUCUUCCAAGUUUGACCAGUGCUGCAGCUACGACGUCACCUGGGGCGCCUUGGAGAUACAGACAGCAGAGAGGGACGACAAGCCGGACAUAACCGUGACCAGCUCCGGCAGCUUCCCUUGCCUGCACAUUGCUUUGAGUGGGCUAAAAGAAGACCUCAGCUACUACCUGGCCAUAGAACUCGUGGAAGUGAGAAGUGGUGCCGGUGACAUGUUCUCUCCUAUGGAAUACUCAGAUCCAUACUACAUUCCACGUCAGAACCACCUUAAAGGAGAGCAGUGGAUGAAGAAGCCGCGGUACUACAACCUAUCGGCUAUCGUCAACGGUUGGCUCGAGACGUACAAUUGUGUUCUCAAGGACUGCGGUGAGUACGUGCCAACUGUGCGUCUUCUGGAGCACCCGGAAUCCACGUCGGCAUUGUCUCAGGAUGUCAUCCGCUUCGAACUGCAUGCGUCCGCUUUCAUCAUCUCUUCAGACAUGACCAAUCAGAGACGAAAUGGAUCCUCACCCAUGAAGCGUAGGAUUCUACUGCGGCUGAAAUCCGACACUACCACAGUACGGGAGGCCUCACGCAACGAAUCUACGUCCCGUAGUCCUGAGUCAUCUGAGAAACUGUCGGACAGCCAACCACUGCCCACUAGCACGGAAAAAAGGGCAAACCGAUCGCCUUCACCGCCAACGCUUCCCUACAGCCAGCGCCUGGCCACUAGCAUGGAAAAAAUGGCAGAUCGAUCGCCUUCACCGGCAACACUUCCUGACAGCCGGUGCCUGCCCACUAGCACGGAAAAAAUGGCAAACCGAUGGCAUUCACCGGCAACGCUGUCUGACAGCUGGCACAUGUCCACUAGCAUGGUGGUGAACAUGACAAACCGGUCGCCUCCACUGGCAACGCUGUCUGAUGGCUGGCGCAUGUUCACUAGCAUGGUGAACUUGGCAAGCGCGCUGACGCCACUUUCUCCCGCUGGCAACAGAAAGUCGUCGCAUUACGCAUCGCAGUUGGCCAGCGCCCUGAAAACACACGACAUUCCGAAUAGCCGCGAGAGUUGUCAACUGAGCGUUGCAAGCAGGCUGCCUCCUGAACAAGCCAAGCGCCAGUUCCAGUCCUCGUAUUUCCACAAUGCGGCGUCGACGUCGCCUUGACUGUUUUGCAGCUCUGCUAGCAUUCGCAAAACAGUGUCAUUCCAGCACCUUCCGCUCUCAUUCUCUCAGGCUUCUGUACAUGCAUGCGACAGGCGUGUGAGCUGUUCGCCGAAAUCAAUCACCAACCAUUUUUGUUAAACCUAGGACUAGAGUAACGUCUGUAUACGCCUGCUUUUUUAUUGCAUCUAAACUUGUGGCUUCACAAAGAAAGCUGCGUAGAAGCUAGGGAUAGCAAGCACCAGGAGUGUGCCACUUUUCAUAUAGUCUCUUUCCAUCACACUGUCUAAGACUCCAUACUUCAUGGUCACCAGAAAUUGGUUUUCGACAAAAGCAGUUUUUAGCUUGACGCCACUGAUGAAAGUGGUGACGUCUGGAAUGUCGAUCAUAUGCAACAUGUUAUCUUGUGCAGUGGUACCGAUGCCAGCAAAUAAAGUGCACUAUGCUCGUUCUA